AUGUCAACGGAAAGAGCAGCUCUGACUUCGCGUGGCCCGCGUUGUGUUGAUGAGCUGAGGAAGCCCAUGGCAUCCUUGUUUCUUCGUGAAGAAGUUCCUCCGUGGCCUACAUUAUGUUCGAAACCGUGCAGAUGUGUGAAUUUCAAGAUGCCAGGAGGAGAAGAACCCCAAGGAGCAGGAAACAUCCCGCCCCACGCCAUGGCCUCUGUGGCCGCCUGGCUGCCGUUUGCCAGGGCGGCUGCGAUCGGCUGGGUCCCGAUCGCGUCGAACCCGCUGCCGGCGCCGCCCCUGCCGCGCAGCGCCCGCCGAACGGACGACGUGAAGCUCAUAAUCAACGUGAGCGGGCGGCGAUUUGAAACAUGGCGCAACACCCUGGAGCGCUACCCAGACACGCUGCUGGGUUCGAACGAGCGUGAGUUCUUUUUCGACGAGGACAGCCACGAGUAUUUCUUCGACCGCGACCCGGACAUCUUUCGCCACAUCCUCAACUAUUACCGCACGGGAAAACUGCAUUAUCCGAAGCACGAGUGUCUGACGAGUUACGACGAGGAACUGGCUUUUUUCGGCAUCAUCCCCGACGUGAUCGGGGACUGUUGCUAUGAAGAUUAUCGCGAUAGAAAACGUGAAAACGCGGAGCGGCUUUUGGACGACCGGCUGUCGGAGAAUGGACAAGGUGACGGACAAGGAGCUGGACUGCCGCCUCUGAGCUCUCUUCGUCAACGCAUGUGGCGUGCAUUUGAAAACCCGCACACUUCCACGGCCGCCCUUGUGUUUUACUACGUGACCGGGUUUUUCAUCGCCGUGAGUGUGAUGGCGAACGUGGUGGAGACCGUGCCGUGUGGCACACUGCCUCACUCAACGAAACCCCUGUCGUGCGGAGAGCGCUACAAAAUUGUGUUCUUCUGCCUGGACACUGCCUGUGUCAUGAUUUUCACUGCAGAAUACCUGUUGCGGUUGUUUGCAGCCCCGAAUCGGUGCAAAUUCGUGCGCAGCGUCAUGAGCAUCAUCGACGUGGUGGCCAUUUUGCCGUACUACAUCGGGCUGGGGAUCACGGACAACGACGAUGUUUCGGGCGCGUUCGUGACUCUGCGGGUCUUCCGCGUGUUCCGCAUCUUCAAGUUCUCGCGACAUUCCCAGGGGCUACGAAUCCUCGGCUACACGCUCAAAUCCUGCGCGUCGGAGCUGGGAUUUCUGGUGUUCUCGCUGGCCAUGGCCAUCAUCAUCUUCGCCACGGUCAUGUUCUAUGCCGAAAAGAACGUGGACCGCACGAACUUCACAUCCAUUCCCGCGGCUUUUUGGUACACCAUUGUGACCAUGACUACCCUCGGGUAUGGUGACAUGGUACCCAAGACGAUUACAGGGAAGAUUGUGGGUGGCGUGUGCUCACUUAGCGGUGUGCUUGUCAUCGCCCUGCCCGUCCCUGUGAUCGUUUCGAAUUUCAGCCGCAUUUAUCAUCAGAACCAACGUGCAGAUAAACGCAAAGCGCAGAAGAAAGCAAGACUGGCCCGCAUCAAAAUGGCGAAGGCCUCUUCUGGCGCUGCAUUCGUGAGCAGGAAGAAAGCUGCUGAGGCUCGGAUGCUAGCCCAGGAACAGGCUGCCGCAGCGGCUGCAGCUGCUGGUUCAGGCUCUGGGCAGAACAGCCCUAACCUUGUCGCUCUCAACAAUGACGACGAGGACAUCUUUGAAUUGCAGCAUCACCAUCUGCUACGUUGUCUCGAAAAGACUACGGACCGGGAGUUUGUGGAAAUGGAGAACCCAUUCGGCGGGGUGACGAGCGGUCAGCAACACCCUCAGCAAACGCAAGUCGUCACGCCGCAUCGCGCCAUUUCUCAGUCGCCAUCCGUCGGCAGUCGCGCUUCUCUCAUGGCAUGCUGUGGGCGGCACUGUCCGCCAAUCCUGUCUGUUUCCCGCCGUUACCAGAAAUCGCACAUACCGACGACCGGUGGUGACUGCGAUGAGGACUUGAACGAAGUGAAAAUCCGGCUGACGGAUCACCACCAGCAGCAUCAGCUGCGCCGCGCACAUGGCAACAAGAGUGGCAUGCCUUCAUCCGCCGACAGCCUGACGCAGGCUGGUAGCUGCGUGGCUGGUGAAAAUGCGAGCGGCGCGAACGGAGGGUCUGGUCAGCAGGCCCGCAGCCCUGUCACCAGUGCUGUGAUCAACAUCGCUGCCAGUGGCGCCCAACAAGGACGCCACUGGCCGCAGGACCUGCUCAUCAUGCACCACGAAGAAGCGCCCGGGGAUGGCAGCAGCAGUGACCAAGCUGGUGGCGGGGAUGAAGACGGCUUACCGCCUCCACCGCCGUACCCGAACGUCGUGAAAAUAUCCUCCCUGUAGAUAUUUCCUAGUGCCCUUUUCCCUGCCCUCCCGUGAGUCUCAGAUUGUUGCCGCUGUUGGUUGGGCUUGCUUCCUGUUAUGAGCGAGCGGAAAAGUCUUCGUUGUCCCGAUACCCCAUUGAUUGAUCCAUCAUGGACAUUCCUCAUGGACUUGAACGAGCAUUGCAGUACAGUUGAGCGAGCGUGGGAAAUUUAUAUGCCUGCAUAAAUGUUUAAUGCGCAGUUUUGUUUUCGGAGACCCACGCACUACGGGAAAACAGGGAAAGGUUGAGUGUGAGAGAGAAGGCGGAAGAAAACUAAAAUAGUAAACCUGAAAAAAGCCGGUGCCUCCGUCAGGACCGUUGCUGGUGGCGGACGUUCAGUUGUGGAGGUUCCUUCCCGAAAGAAGUUGUUCGGCGGAAGCAGCAAUAGAAAAUUUUAAGUUUCGCUAUUAGACGGUGGGAGGAAUUGUUUUGCAGUUUUUCAGUGUUGUGAGCCCCGCGUCGCGCCAUUUCUUACCGGGAGAAUGAAUUCUAGCUCUCGUCGGUGAUGAACAAAAAAGUUCACCACGACUCUGCUGUCCAUUGCAUCGGUACUGGGGAAAAAACAGAAACGCUUUCUGUAAAUUCGGGGAAAUGUAGGGAGUUAGUUUUCUUUUUUCUCUCUUGAAACCGCAGUCGAAAAAUUCGUGCGUGAUGAUGUGCGGCUGCUGUUGAUCUCUCUCGCAUCUCUUCAGACACUUCAUGAAACUUCCCGUGGCUCACUCAUCAUUCGUAUUGUAUUUGAGAAUAUGAUCCUGCACAAAAAAAAAAAAACGAAAGAAACCAAUGCUGUGCCAUUAUGUAUCCCGGUGUGCAUAACCCUUGUGCAAUACCCCCGACCAACAUUCCAAAGGCAUUCUUCGUCAGAUUUAGAGACGCGUUGCGCUUCGUGUUCAUUUUCGCGAAAUCCCUCGACUUGGUUAGAAGUCCAGAAAAAUAUAACUUCCUCGGUUAAACAAGAAAGAGUAUUGAAAAAUGGUGUUCGACAUGGAACCUGACCCGUAAUGUGUUGACCACAUGCAGGAGAUCAGGUCAGGUCAGUCAUUGCACCCGCGACUACAAAAUGAGCGAUUCUCAACUGGGAAAAUAUGCCGCGGUUGCUGCUACUCUGCGUUUGUGUUCUGUUCUUUCAAAGUUUCGUAUUGACAGUGACAUAAAAUUCGGUGUGUCCAUGAUUUCUACGGAUUAUACAAAUUGUCACCGCUUCGCAGUCAUCCCCUUAACACGGCGGAACAUUUUUAAUUUACCUCUUUCCUCCUGUAUCAAAUCUUUUCAACGAACGGCUACCUGUUGGGAGUGGAUGUCUCGUAGGUCCCUCAUUACCGGUUUCGUGGGCGUUUGCGGUGAUGGGGCUUGCAUCAUUGCGACAUGUUCAGUAUGUGAAGGGGUUGUUCGUUGAUGUACGAGGAGUUAGACGAGCUUUGGCUUUUGCAGUCCUCAAGAUCCUGGUUAUUGGACGAGGUGCACUCGAGGGUUCCGGGGCAACUCGUGGCGGACCAUUUCAUGGAAGGCUAAUUGGUGGAUUCUGUAGCUCGUAGUUGUCCUCGUGUGCCCGAAUAGAGAAGGUGCAGGGAUUUUCGGACAGUAUUCGAGGAAUUCCGGCCCGGGGAUCGUGACCAAACCAGGCAGUCCUUCCAUGACUUGGGUUGCCAUGAUGGGGGCCCCCCCUGUUCAGGGUUGCGCGUGGUGUGUGCCAACGAUGGGACGCAGUGGACUGGACCAGAGUGAUGAGAGUGGACUCGUGUUUACCGAGAUGCGCUUCUGUGGAUGUUAACUAAUGAGGCGUUACUGAGUUCUGUGCUGUGGGGUGUUUGGGAUCCCAGCAGGAAGCUUCAUAUCAUUCAUUCAUUGACGUGCGAUUGAAGAAUUUAGUUUACACGGCUGGCUCUGUCAUGCCCCUUUUUUCCGUAUUCUAUUCGGAAUUCCGCCCCACUGUUGAACCUUCAGGUUCGGACACAGUACAGUACAGUACAGUAAAACCUCGAUAAGCCGCCACCAUUUGUUCGUAACGUUUAUGGUAGUUCAACGGGGUUGGUGGUUCGUCAAUGAAAAUCAGGUAUGACAGGAAAAAAAAAACUGUACUUGAUUCUAGUCUUCUAGAAAACGACCAAAAUAACCCUGGGAUGCGUAAAUUGAAUCUAACAAAUGUUCCCGAAAAGGAAAUCAUGUGAUUUUUCUGUUGGGGGGGUUUUUAUUUUUAUUUAUUUUUUUCAUUUUGAGACCUCUCACGGAAAAAUAAUUUUGUUGGCGGGCUAUGGAAGACAAAAUUAACUGACAGAAGCGUGGCGUUUCAACAGGGUUUCCAUUGCUUUUAUCGUACGAGGUAAGAUUUGUGUUUCGAAGCAAUUGGAUGGUUGUCGUGAGUGGCGGCUUAUCGGGGGGCGUCUUAACGGGGUUUGACUACUUGCAAUCGUGCAGACGAAUCAAGCAGACUCACAGUAAAGCAUCCUUGGUUUGAAAAAAAAAAUCAUGUGCCUUGAUUGUGCACGAACUGAGCUUAGUGUCAUCGUUCGAAGAGUGCGUCUCCGAAUUGUUUCUUCGAGAAAAAAAAAAAAACAGACAUUCAGACUUGUAAUGUGUAUGAUGUCUUAGAUUUCAGCGAGCAGUCCAGUAGCCGCUGAACCCAAAGCGGUUGUGUGUCGGGAAAGAAUUCAGUGAAUUGUUGACAUUUUUCACCCGGUUUGCAUUGUUGUUGUGGAGUCACUAUCCCCCAGGGAGAACAUUCUGACUGCGACACUUGACCCAGAUGUGUUAGAAAUUGGUGAACACAACGAGUGUUUCUAUGAACGUUUGGUCUGGGCCGAUUGAUUGAUGAUCUCAUGAUUCUCUUGCUUUGCGGCAUGUUUUUGCCGAUUGCUGAUGCGGGAAACUUAGCCCUUCCAGCCCAUAGCACUUGCUGUUGUUCCUUAUUAUUGCUAUUGUAAUUGCCCUGUUUUUAUUGUUCGUCUCAAUUUUCGCUUCUUGUUCCAUAAUAUUAAGCCCUCUCGUUGCAGUUGUGUAUGUGGAGCGUAAUGACCACCUGACACAUUUCUUAUCUGCAUGUCAAGUCCGAGAAACCCUGUCGGGGUCUUCCUAUUUCUCAACAUUGGAUUUUGCUGUUCCCCGCUGACUAUUCGGUUUGAGGUGCAUAAAUACAGGGCCUUUUUCAGCA